UAUUUAAAUUCCUUGCCGUGUGCUGAAGGUCUUUAUCGCGUUGGCAACAAGUCAAGGGCCGUAGUGGCUAUAGGGGCUGGGCCAAUAAUCUCUAAAGCGUAGGGGAUAUCUUCAAAGAUUCUGUUAAUUUUAUGAGGUAUUAUUGAAGUUUAUUAUGAUAUCAAUGUGAAAUAACACAUUCUAAGAGCCUUGGGAAAGGGCCAUCUGGACAAAUAUUUGUAGAGAAUCUUCCUCUUGACCCCAUUUCCGGCCCCAAAGGCUCUUUAAACUCUCGUUACGGCCUUGCAGUUUUUGUGGACAAUGCUAAAAGCCAUGGAGAGUAGUUGUUUUGUUCGGGGAAUCGCCGACAGGACACGUCAGUAACACUAAAAUAAAGUCUCCUGCACUGCGCUUGCGCCAGGUUGGCCAACUCAGAGAAAUAUAAUCAAAGAUGGCGGGUAUCGCCAGCAUGAGUGGAAUGUUCCUGUUUCUGAUUUUCUCAUUUUCUGCAAGCAGCGUCUUUGGAAGGUUUUGCAUUAAUCCGGAGUGUUCAGAGCCUAUUUCUAGUGCAAGAAUAAAAAAAGCAUAUAACACCAGAGACGUUCAUCUAUUUGUUGGUGAUGAAGUGGAUUUAAUAAGCAAAAGUGAUGAUGGAAGUUUUUUUGAAUUUGAGUUGGGUGAUGUUAAAGGAAUUAUCCCAACUGAUCACAUCAGAGAAGACUCAUUAUCUGAAAUACCAGAAAGGCUUGAACAUAUUCCAGAGGUGGAUGAUGUUGAAGAGGAUGUCGAGGGCGAUGAAGAUAUUUAUCCCAAUGAUAGUGGUGAAGGAGAGAUGUUUUAUGGUGACAUGGAAGAUCAUAAUGAACAGCCUAAAAGAAAAAAGAGUAAAAAGAAAGCAGCAAAAAAAAUUAAAAAGUCAAAAGAAUCUGCCCAAGAAAACAAAGAUGGAACAGAAAAUGUGUUGUCUGAAAAUCACAAAAAGAUGAAAGAACAAGUAAAUGAGAAGGAACAAAACAAAGAAAAUAGUCAUUCUAAUAACCAGUUGCACAAGAUAGAAGAGCCAGUUAUUUCAGAGGCAAGUUUAUUUUCUUCGGACAUGAGUGGAGACUUCUCAAAUUAUUAUAAGGAGUUAUCAAAAAUGCCAAAUUUCAUCAUUAUGAAAAAAAGGUAUAUGAAUGACUAUUUGGCCAGAAAUUAUGCAGGAAAAGAAGUAACUGAUGAAAUUAAGAAAGAAGUUGAAGAGUUUGUAGAGAACGAUAUGCUCGAGCAAAUAAAAGAACCAGACAGUGAACUGCUUCAUAUGUUGGUGCAUUAUGACCCAAAGGACUUGCCUGGAGGCGAACCGGAGAAACAAGAUGAAGCAAAUGCUGAUGGGGAGAAAGCAAGUGUUGAUGAUAUCAAAAAGACAGAAGAGAGCGAUGAAAAAUCUGAAAAGCAGACUAGUGAUGAUUCAAAAGAUGGUACAACUGGCAACUUAAAGACCACGAACAACUCUGAAGACCCUGCUCCACGGGUCACCAUUGAUAGUUUUGUGGAUGACUUUACAAAACAUCCAAAUUUCCAGCGACUGAAAAGUAAGCAUUUGACUAGCUAUCUGAAUACCCAUUACAGUGGGGAGGAAAAUAUACCAGAAAUUCGCGAGAUGGUUAGCAAGUUAAUUCAAGAUGACUUAGUUCGACAGUUAAGCAAUGCUGAUAGUCCGCUAAGAGAAGAAUUGCUUAAGCAAGGGUCUGAAACAGUAGUCAAAGAAAAGGAAGCUAAUGUCAAAGUUAGUGAUGAAGGAAAGGUGGAACCGAAGCAAGACCCUCAAACACCUUUAGAGCAAAAUCUGGAACAGAAAAAAGAUGAUGCAGUAAAAGUGAAUAAAAAUAUAAAAGUCAUUGUGGAUAAAGUAGUCCAUAGUAGUACAAACACUAAUGGCACAGACAACACUAAUGGAACUGCAGUAGCAGUGGAAACUUCGAAAGUAGACGAGUCAGUUCCUAAAGAGAAGACAGCCUCAGAAAAAGUAUCAGACGAUCACUCUGAACCGAUACCUCCCGCGGGUGGAAAAGAACCAUCCAAACAAGAUGAAAAACAACCAGAAGAUUUGGAAAACGAGGUACCUCCCGCGGGUGGAAAAGAACCAUCUAAGCAAAAUGAAAAACAACCAGAAGGUUUGGAAAACGAGGUACCUCCUGCGGGUGGAAAAGAACUAUCAAAACAAGAUGAAAAGCAACCAGAAGAUUUGGAAAAUGAGGAAUCUCCCGCGGGUGGGAAAGAACUAUCAAAACAAGAUGAAAAGCAACCAGAAGAUUUGAAAAACGAGGAACCUCCCGCGGCUGGAAAAGAACCAUCUAAACAAGAUGAAAAGCAACAAGAAGAUUUAGAAAACGCUGACAAGCCUAAAAAAGAACCAUCUGAAGACUCUGAUGGAAUUCACCAAACCACCCAGGAAAACACGGCUGAUGAUAGUGUAAAUACUGAAGAAAACACUGCGAAAUUUUCGAUCAAAAAGCUUGGGAAUGCCCUGAAAGACAGAUUCAAGGCAUUUGCAAGCAAAUUUGCUUCAAAAGAAACUGAAACACAAAAUGAUGAAGAAGAUGAUGAAAACAAACGAGAUAGUGUUACAAGUGAUGCUCCCGAAGCAAAUGAUUCUAUUGAUGUAAAGGAUGCAGUUGAUUCGAUUGAUUCUACUGAGUCAAAGUCCUAUGAUCAAAGUGAUUCUUCGAAAGCCAGCGAUUCUAAUAAUGCCAAGGGUGCAACCAAUUCAAUAGCUUCUACUGAUUCACAUUCCGAUAGCGAAAGUGAUUCCUCGAAAACCAGUGAUUUUGUUGCUAGCAAAGAUGUAAUUGAUUCGGUUGUUUCGACUGAUUCACAGCCUGACGAUAGUAAUGAUUUAUCGAAAAUCAGUGAUUCUGUUGCUACCAAGGAUGUAAUUGAUUCCACUGUUUCGACUGAUCUACAGGCUGAUGACGAUAGUGAUUUACCAAAGACCAAUGUUUCUGUUGCUAGCAAGGAUGUAAUUGAUUCGACUGUUUCAACUGAUUCACAGUCAGGUGAUCGAAGUGAUUCUUCUGACAUCAUUAAUUCCAAAGAUGAUAAAGCUACUACCGGCUUUCUUGAUGAUAGGGAAACAGAAAAGGCAGCUCAAGAACGGGAAAGUGAAAAAAAGUGGAUGGGCAACAUUCAGGAGGUUUCUAUUGAGGAACUGCUGAGAGAAAUGGAUCCAGAAAGUAAAGAAACUACGUCAGAUCAGAAAGUGGAAAAUGAACAUGUUGAGACGAGGGUAGAGGAGAAGGUUGAAGAUAAAGCACCAUUGCCACCUAUUAAUUCAGUCAUCGACGAACAAAAGGACCAAGCCGAAAGCAAAGUGGACAAUAACAAUGAUGCAGAAGAUUUGGCAUUGCAAAGCGAUCUGGCUAGCAUGGUUGCUGGUGCACAAAUGAACAGUCCUAGCUCCGAAGCACAGAAAAAAGAUGGUAACAUCGUCGAGGAGAAAACUGUCAAAAAUUCUGAUUCAAAAGAAAUGGAGCGACGUCACGUGCCCCGCGAGGAGCAAAGUGAUGCGUCAGAAGUUGCCAAAGAGCAAGAAGCGAGUUUUGAAGCAUCAGCGACGGUUUCAGCGAAAGAUGGCAACGUGGAGUCGAAGGUGGAUGAAAAAAGGGAGGAGGAACGAUCAAUUUUUGAAGGGUCCUCAGAAACAUCACCCAUUGUCAGUGAAGAUUCAAAUGGAAAUGUCAAGGAAGCGGUUCCAGCAGUGGUAGAAAACUCAGUUGUGAGUGAGCAAGUCAGCAAGCAGACUGAACAUGAAGAAAAUUUAAAUGCAGAGACUAACUCGCAUGAAAAAGAGAACCAAGCCGAUAUUGGCUCUGUAGCAGAGGACCAGGACUCCAGUGUCAAUGUGGUGUCAGAUAGCAAGACACAUAGCUCAGGUACUGAGAAAAGAUCGGUUGCUGAAGAGCCGGAUCAGCAACAUGAAAGGGACGUAACCGGAAAAGAUCAAGAUGGAAACCCAGACUUCUCCCAUAUGUCAGAGGAAGAUGCUCGGGACGCCUUGCUGGAAACAUGCCAUCACAAUCCGAAUAUACCAGAUUGUGACCGAUUGCGCGGCACAAAGAUAUAUCGAAAAAAAGACAAUUCAGAUGAUUCCGAAACAAGUUCAAAAAAUUCUUCUAGGGAUGAAGAAAAUAUCGGAAAACUUGAAAGAGCAUGGAGAAAUCUUGUCAAAAUUAUGAAACGCAUCAAACUGAUGAAAUUAGGUGUCGUACGGCUGUUUCAUGGGCCUUUAAGUGUCAUGGGACUGGAAGAUAUAUCGCAUUGGAUUCAUGAAGUGGUAGAGCAAGCUUCCCCCGAAGUCAUCACCAUCACCGUUUGCUGUGUUCUCCUCAUAAUUACGUUGCUUUUGAAAUCAGCUCUGGUUCCAAAACAUGUCACUGUUGGGCCCAGUGCCUAUGAUGUGCACAAAAUGCGGCAGAGUAAACAGAGAAUUCUGCAAGAAGAUACUGAAGACAUGGAAAAGGAAAUAAGGCGUUUGCGAGAAAUUGUUGAAUCAAAGGAAUCGAAGAUCGGUUCAGGAGACAAAACGGUGAAGAAGCUAGAGAAAUCAUUGCAAUCAUUACAAGAUAUGUAUGAACAAAAGGAGCUUCAGGAUGACAAGCUUCGAUCAUCACAUGCCCAACGCAGCAAAACAUCCAUGUACACUUCGCCACGACUUUCAUCAGUAUCAUCACCUUUGUCAUCAACACAGAAAAGAUCAAAUAUACUUCUAGCAGAUAUUCGAAAGGAAGUCGAGGAAGGGAAAACUCAACAAAAGAAGUUGCAAGAGUUGAUUGAUGAAAAAGAAGUUGAAAUUAAAGAGGCAGAUAGCAUGGUCUCGAGGCAUGAGAAUGAAAUUGUCAGACAAAAGGACAUAAGCGACGCACUUAACGAUCGACUGCAAAAGGUUGUAGAGGAGCUAGAUGUGAAAGACGGAGUUGUCAUGGAAUUACAAGAAAAGAACGGAGCACUUCACGUGGAAUUGGAAAAUCUUGAAAUGGAGCGACGCCAGGUUGAGAAAGAAAGGAAAGAAAUCCAGGAGAGGUGCAAGGAACUCGAAGAAGAAUUAAAAGCCAAAGAAGAGGAAAAUGGAAAACUUCAAGAUGAAAUUGAGGAGAAGGAAAACGAAGUCGAAGUCCUGCGUGACUGCAUGGCGCAAAUCAACAAUGGAAAGCUUGAUGGAGAAGCCAUGGAAGAUUUUGAUACCCCAGAGGAAGAUCCAGACAUAAAAGAACAACUUAAGACAGAAAGAUUGAAACAGAUUGUUGAGUCAACCCAGGCAUUAGCAAAUCUUAAGAAGAGUGAAAAAGAGAAAGAGUAUUUCCAGGAAGGGUAUCUAGAAGAACGGGAAAAGAGAGAGAAUGCAGAAGAACAAGUCAAGACUCUGCAAACUGAUAUUGAAAGACUUAGCAAAGAUGUCAAUACAUACAAGACAAGUUCAACUGAAUACCAGAUUAAAAUGGAGACUCUGCAACAGUAUUUCAAGCAACAAGUGACUGAUUUGCACAGGAAACUGUCCGAUGAAGAACAAAGUCGAAUUGAAUUUCAACGGAAAUAUGAGAGUGUUGUCAGUCAAUCAAGCUCUGCUGUGGAGGAGACGGCGAAUGUAAAAUUACAAAACGAAGAUUUGAAAAAUGAAAUUAAAGAAAUGGAGCGAGGCAUCAAAGAUACGAAAAUGGCUUCUGAAAAGGAAACACACGAAUUAUGGAUAAAAAAUAGACAGAUGAAUAGAGAUUUAGAAGAAAUGAAAAGAGAAAGAGAUAUUUACAGAAAAAGACUGCUUGAAGCUGAGACGGCACGAAAACGAUCUUCGCCAAUACCGGCCGCUGGAAUGGAGAAGUCACGUGAUAGCCCCGCUGGCAGUGAUGAUGGAAGACCACAAUCUCCGGGUUCACAAAAAAGCAGUGCAUCAGGUUUACCAAACUUCAUGUCUGGCCCUAGACCGAUGUUUGGGAUGGUUCCUCCUCCACCGCCACCACUUUUUCCUCGUGGACCAAUGCCUAUGCCAAUGGGCCCAAUGCCACCGCGUCCAGGACCUUUUGGUCCACCAGGAGGAGUUCCAUCGAUGAUGGGCAACCACCAGACACCUGUAUCUCAACCACUUAACACAGCUGGUGGACCCCCCAUGUCAACUGCAGGACCACCCAGUAUACCGAGUGGGCCCUUUAAUCCGAUGGGCCAUCCCAUGGCAUUUGGUGGCCCACGGCCAAUGGGAUACCAGGGGAAUCCAGGAAUGCCACCAAAUAGCAUGAAUCCUUCUUCAACUGCGGGUAAUCCUAUUUUUAGCCAAAGUCAAGAUAUGAUGUCACAAGCUCAGGGCCGAGUGCCAGGGCAAACAACUCCCAACAUGCAACGGCGUUUCCCGCCUCAACAACAGACAAUGCAAGGCCCAAUGCAUUCAACUCCCGUUAAUUCGCCUUCACAGUCACAGAUCUCACAGCUACCACCCUCGCACCCGAGCUUAGCUGCCAACCAAAUGAAUCAACAUGGCCGUCCUCAGCUGCAUAGAAGGACAACCGGGAGCAACGUAUCAUAGUUAAUUCGGUAUUUGAAUAUAGGCUUUCAAAUUCAACAGAUAAUUAUUUAUAAAGGACAUUAUAUGUCUUUAAGCAUUCAAUAAAUCUACAUGAACUGAAAUUCGGAAAUCGAUUAAUUUUCACAGUUUUUAUUUCACGGGGUCAUAUUCCUAUUACCCUUUCAAUGUCUGUCGUCGCCCAAGGAAAGAUUGUAUUUGGCAGGUUCUAAAAAGUUUUUGGAACAUUUAAUUUUUCAUUUAAUUAUAUUGAUUAUAAUAUUUGUUUGUUUAACGGCCUAUCAUAACAGUUAUUUCAAUAAAGGCCCUAAAUAAACACAAGGCUCCAUUUUGUAUUUGGUUGCAUGAAAACACAAAAGGUUUUGUUCUACAAAAUCUUCACACAUCCAUAGCUAUUUACCGGAUUUUAUUGAAUCCAUUUAAAGGGAGGGAAUUCUGAAGUAUAUUUUAGGAAACAACGAAGUAAUAUGCACCAGUUGAAUAAUGCUUGGCAUUUGCACAUAUGUCUCAUCUGACAAAUAGAGAAAAGAUAUAUUUUUAUUUCGUUGUCCGCUUUGUAAUGAUAUCAGGAAGGUCAAGAGUUUUUGUGAAAUUCAAUUUUAUGCCCAGCUUGUAAGGUCGGGGAAUAUUUUCAUUGUCUGUCAUUAUUGCUCACCAAUUUUGAAAAUUAAGUAGAUAAAACUUAGUAAACAUUCCUAUUCAUUGCAAAUUAUAUUCAUAAAUCAAUUUAGAUGGAAUUUAGAACAAAUUGUGUUUGUAUAAAGAGAUUGGUAAUAUGAAUAACAUGAAUCACUA